AUAAUGUCUUGAUAAAGUAUCUAAAAGGCAUAGAGUGGUCUAGUUGUGCCUUGCCAGACCUCACUAGCCCAUACUUUCUUCUUUGUUUCUCCACUAGAGUAUGGGAAACUUUUGCUCCGUCUCUCUCUCAAUCGAUAACUUGAUCCCUCGCUGCUUUGAUUGCACAGCUGCACAAGUCAAUUCUUUCAGAAGACUUGAUGAUUGGUUGGCUAAUUUAAGGACUGCGUUGGAAGAACUGAAGCAGUUGAGGAACGAUGUGAAGACAGAGGUUGAUGUUGCCGAGAGGCAACCAAUGAUGAAGCGGCUGGAGCAAGUACAAGGGUGGCUUUUACAGGUGGAAUCCAUGGAAACUGAAGUAAAUAAGCUGAUAGCAAAUGGCAGUCAAGAGAUUGACAAGAAUUGCUACAAUAGGUACAAGUUGGGGAAGAAAGUGGCCAAAAAGAUAAAAGAUGUGGCUGCUUUGAAGAGCAAAGGAGAUUUUGAAGUGGUGGCUAAGAGGUUACCUUCAGAUAUAGUUGAUAUAAGACCCAGCGAACCAACUGUGGGCACGGAAUCGAAUUUUAGCAAGAUCUGGGGGCACCUCCAAGAAGAACAUGUGGGAAUUAUUGGGAUAUAUGGGUUAGGAGGAGUUGGGAAGACCACUCUGAUGACCCAAAUUAACAAGAAGUUUGCCAGCCCAACUAAUGAUUUUGAUGUUGUGAUAUGGUUUGUUUUAUUGUUGGACGAUAUAUGGGAGCGUCUUCAUCUCUCAAAGGUUGGGAUUCCAAUUCCAAAUGAGCAAAAUAAGUGCAAGGUAGCAUUCACAAUGCGCUAUGAGGAAGUGUGCGGCAAAAUGGAAGCUCAAAAAAAGGUUAGAGUCAAGUGUUUGCCAUGGGAGACGGCUUGGGAUUUGUUUCAAAAUAAAGUUGGUGACGAGACCCUUAAAUCAGAUCCAGUCAUACCCAGGUUAGUUGAACUUGUUGCCAAAGAAUGUGGAGGUUUGUCGCAUGCACUUAUUACCUUAGGUCGAGCCAUGGCUUGCAAGAAGACAUCCCAAGAAUGGGAAUAUGCGAUUGAAGUGUUGAACAAAUAUGCUGUGCAAUUUCCAGGUAUGGAAAAUGAGGUGUUUCGUCCUUUACAUUUCAAUGAUGAGAGUCUACCUAAUGCCACAGUGAGAUCUUGUUUCUUAUAUUGCUCUUUGUACCCUGAAGACUCAGAAAUUGUUGUAGAGGACUUGAUAAACAAAUGGAUUGAUGAGGGAUUUUUAAAUGAUGGUGCUGAAAACCAAGGGUCUUCUUCAAACGUUUUGCUGGAAAAGGUCUCAAAUGACACUGUAAAAAUGCAUGACGUGAUACGUGAGAUGACAUUGUGGAUAGGUCGUGAAUAUGAGGAGCAGCUAGACAAGUUUUUGGUGCGAGCAGGUGGGAGGGAGACUGAAGCACCUGAAGUUUCAAAAUGGAAAGAGGUAAAGAGGAUGUCAUUGAUGGUAAAUAAAAUUGAGACUAAUAGGAACACCAACAUGCCCUCAGCUCACAACUUUGCUUCUGAAUGGAAAUCAGUUGAACAAGAUCAGUAG